AUGGUGAGGUGCUGGAAACGCUCAGAAGCCUGUUUGGAGUUCUCACGAUGCAUGGACUGGGGCACAGUGAGGUCCCUAAAGCUUCCUCACGGGGUGUUUUUGGGGACCCUCGCAGCCAUACUACUCAUAGUUAUCAUAGCACUGGGUGUCGCUGGGCAGCUAGGGUUCCAACCCAAAACACAGUCUACUUCGCAGAUUGUCCGAAUCACGUUUUCUGACCAGACUGGUGCUUUGAUAAACCAGUCUGCAUUAGUGGACAAGCACAACAGUGUGGUGACCUAUUCUGUUUCAUCUCAAAUCAACCACACAUCCACUGUGCUUUUUGACAUGAAACAUGGAUUGAUAUGCUACAAACCAGACAACCAAGACACCUGUUUCCUCCGCAAAAUGGAAAAGUCAGAUUAUGAAAAUAUGCACGUUGUCCUGAACGAGACAGAGCAACAGGUUAGUCAGAUCUGGCUGGUGGGAAAUGAGACACAGAGACACACUGAGUUUUUGGGAGUCUUGGCAGGCAGUCGUUUGGAUGCCUCAACUCUUCAGGAGCCCAUUCAAGGCCUCUGUCAAGACAGCCCUGUCUACUGGACCAGGAGGGCUGAAGGUCCCGGAAAACAAAGACUGAUUUACUUCUGCAUUGAUAUCUGCUUCCCAAGCAACAUAUGUGUCUCUGUCUGCUUCUACUACUUACCAGAGUGA